UUUUUAGGCCCGAUAUUGUGGUGUUGGCAUCUCUUCAUUAGCAUCUGGUUGCAAGAGAUAAGAGCUAGUUGUGUUCUGAUCGUCUGCUACUGGGAACCAGCCUAUAGCAGAUGACGCACUGCUUGAGUAAGUUCUGUAUCUGCGGACAACACCCAACCGGCAUUAACCCUAGAUAGCUAGAGUUAGCUCUAGUUAUCCAAUGACAACUAGUGUCAGCUUCGUUAGCCCAGACGUAUCAAUGUUCUAUCUAAUAUCUCAGGAUCUAACCAUGUUUCUCCUUUCUUGUCGUAUUGGCAACUUAGGGUUGGUUUGAGUUAAAUAGGAUAGCACAGCACUGCCAGGGGGAGGGGUACAAUUCCCACUAGAAGAGCAAGGCAUUAACAAUGCCAGGGUGAGGGGUACAAUUCCCACUAGAAGAGCAAGGCAUUAACAAUGCCAGGGUGAGGGGUACAAUUCCCACUAGAAGAGCAAGGCAUUAACAAGAUGGACAAAGAGAAAGAGAGGGAUGAAGGAGGAUGUAAAGAGCCACAUAGUAGGGGGUGGAGGAAGAUCUUCCAGGAGGAUGUGGAUCUGAGGAUGCUCAGAGUGCUGAUUGUAACCAUGGUGAUGUUUGGGGCGGGGCAGGCGUGCAAGGCGGGCCAGGAGAACUGUUCUGUGAACAACGAUGCCAAGGACUACUGCUACUCGGCCCGUAUUCGCAGCACGGUCCUGCAGGGCCUGCCCUUCGGGGGCGUGCCCACCGUCCUGGCGCUGGACUUCAUGUGCUUCCUGGUUCUCCUAUUUGUCUUCUCCAUCCUGCGGAAGGUUGCCUGGGACUAUGGACGGCUGGCCCUGGUCACUGACGCAGACAGAUGGAAGAAGCGUUUCAGCGAACUACACGAUCAGGGAUACCGGAGGAGAGACAGAGAUGACUAUGAGCCGAUGAAGAGUGUUGCCUCGGCGAUGCACUCGGAGACACCGGACCGCUACGAACGGCUCACCUCCGUCUCCAGCUCAGUAGACUUCGACCAGCGAGACAAUGGCUUCUGCUCCUGGCUGACGGCCAUCUUCAGAAUAAAGGACGAGGAGAUCCGGGAGAAGUGUGGGGAGGACGCGGUGCACUACCUGUCCUUCCAGCGCCACAUCAUCGGCCUGCUGGUGGUGGUGGGCGUGCUGUCGGUGGGAAUCGUACUACCGGUCAACUUCUCUGGAGACCUUUUGGUCAGAAUUAUCACUAAAGAAGGAUUCCUCAUCGGAGGGGCGCCAAAAGCCCCGUCCAAGGAAGUCAGAAUUAUCACUAAAGAAGGAUUCCUCAUCGGAGGGGCGCCAAAAGCCCCGUCCAAGGAAGAAAACAACGCCUACAGCUUUGGAAGGACCACGAUCGCCAACCUGAAGUCUGGGACCAACCUGCUGUGGCUCCACACGUCGUUCGCCUUCAUGUAUCUGCUGCUGACCGUCUACAGCAUGAGGAGGCACACGUCCAAGAUGCAUUACAAAGAGGAUGACCUGGUGAAACGCACUUUAUUUAUCAACGGGAUAUCCAAGUACGCAGAAGAGAGCCAGAUCAAGCAGCACUUUGAACAAGCGUAUGAGAACUGCACGGUUCUGGAGGCCCGGAUCUGCUACAACGUGGCCAAACUCAUGUCUCUCAAUGCUGAACGGAAGAAGACGGAGAGAAGUAAGAAGUUCUUCACAGACCUCAUGGCCAAGGAGCACAUGCCCACCAUGAUCAACCCCAAGCCCUGUGGACACCUGUGCUGCUGCGCCAUCACGGGCUGUGAGGAGGAGGAGGCGGUGAGCUACUACACCAAGAGGGAGUCCAAGCUGAAGGAGGAGUACAGGAAGGAGAAGGAGAAGGUCAACACCAAGCCUCUGGGCAUGGCCUUCGUCACGUUCCAGAACGAAGCCAUGACCGCCAUCAUCCUGAAGGACUUCAACGCGUGUCAGGUGCAGGGCUGCCACUGCCGCCAGGAGCCGCGCUCCUCCACCUCCAGCGAGAGCCUCCACGUGUACAACUGGAGCGUCAGCUACGCCCCGGACCCCCAGAACGUCCGCUGGGAACAUCUUUCUCUAGGGGGGAUCUCUUGGUGGAUCCGCUGCUUCAUCAUAAACUGCAUCCUCUUCCUCCUCCUCUUCUUCCUCACCACCCCCGCAAUAAUUAUCUCCACCAUGGACAAGUUCAACGUCACGAAACCAGUCGAGUACCUCAACAACCCCAUCGUGACCCAGUUCUUCCCCACCCUGCUCCUCUGGGCGUUCUCCGCCCUGCUCCCCACCAUCGUCUACUACUCCGCCUUCUUCGAAGCCCAUUGGACCAGGUCGGGGGAGAACAGAACCACCAUGCACAAGUGUUACACCUUCCUCAUCUUCAUGGUCCUUCUGCUGCCCUCCCUAGGGCUCAGCAGCCUGGAUGUGUUUUUCCGCUGGCUGUUUGAUAGGAAGUUCCUGGCCGAUGCCACCGUCAGGUUUGAGUGUGUGUUCUUGCCUGACAACGGGGCGUUCUUCGUGAACUACGUGAUUGCGUCAGCGUUCAUCGGUAACGCCAUGGACCUGCUGCGCAUCCCGGGCCUCCUGAUGUACAUGAUCCGCCUUCUGAUGGCCCGCUCGGCCGCCGACCGCCGCAACGUCAAGAGACACCAGGCCUAUGAGUUUCAGUUUGGGGCGGCGUACGCCUGGAUGAUGAACGUCUUCACCGUGGUGAUGGCCUACAGCAUCACCUGCCCCAUCAUAGUCCCCUUCGGUCUCAUGUACAUGCUGCUGAAGCAUCUGGUGGACCGCUACAACAUGUACUACGCCUACCUGCCCUCCAAGCUGGACAAGAAGAUCCACUCCAGCGCCGUCACCCAGGUGGUGGCCGCGCCCAUCCUCUGCCUCUUCUGGCUGCUCUUCUUCUCCACCGUCCGCACAGGUUUCGUGACGCCCACCUCCAUGUUUACCCUGGUGGUCCUGAUCGUCACCAUCGUGGUCUGUCUGUCCCACGUCUGCUUCGGGCACUUCAAGUACCUCAGUGCCCACAACUACAAGAUCGACACGAAGGAGAGUGAAGUGGACGUGGUGGAGAACGGCCGUCCAGCGAGACCCACCUCGUCUCCAUCCAGUAAAGCUCAGCAGAUGUACAUCGCCCACGUGCUGCAGGAGGAGGGAGGCGUGGGCGUAGCCGAGGAGGACCGCAGCUCCUCCCAGGAUGAGGAGCUGAUGAACGGGGGGAACAUCAACGAGGCCGACUUCCUGUCCGGGGAGGACAGCCUCAUCGCCAACGAGGUCCGCCAAUAGCAGCAGCCACUGAGGACGAGGGGGCGGGGCCACCGGGGGAGAGAGAGAGAGGGGGGGAGAGAGAGAGAGAGAGAGAGAGAGAGAGAGGGGGUAGUGAGAGAGGGGACGUGAAGCUCACUCUCUCAUCUGAUCUCUACAUGACCUCCUCCGCGCUCCGUCUCCGUAUCACAAACAUUAUAUAGACACUACAGCACUGGUACACACACACACACUUUUACACACACACACACACACACACACACACACACACACACACACACACACACACACACACACACACACA